AUGGCGUGGUAUUUGGGUUGGGCUCGUCCUACUGUGAUUAGGAAACCGACUGCUGAAGAAUUGGCUCGUAUCAAGAAGAUGGCAUCGAAAGACCCAGCAACAAGUCUUAAGUUCUUUAAGGAGCGUUUGAAGACCUUUGUGAAGAUGUUGUGUUGCACGAAAGACAGAGGAGAACCUUUGUCGAUUGAAGAGCAAACCGAGCACAUUGACCAUGCUUGUAGUAUUGACAAUGAGGAGGCCCAUGAAUUGUUCAAGCAAGUUGAUGAACAUGAAGUCAUGAAGCGCUCUACUUGGAGGGUCAAUCCUCUGGCUACUGUGGCAAAGUGGUUCUUGCAUUUGAAGAAAACGGAUCUUCAAAGAUUAGAGCUGGGUUUGAUAAAUCAAUUCUUGAUGGUAACCAUUUGGGUGGCAUUUGCGGAGAAGACUACGGAUUCUUUUGUGCUGGAUAACUUUGGCAGGUUACACAAAAUAUGCAAAGAAAUCUCAAAGACAACGAAGCAACUGGUUCGGCUUUUCCCAAACAGAGUCACCAUACAAUUACGAGAGGAUGAGACCGUUCUUCUAUACUGGAAACAGCAGCUGGAUCGCGAUAUUGAAACUCCGAAGAUGAAGUCAAAUGCUUCUAGCAUUCUGUUGUAUGUUAUAACCAGCUGUGUCAGAAAUUGUCAAUGCCACGAGCUUGGUGGUGGAGAUUCUUACAGUGUGCUGUUCUGGAAUUGUUGGCUCAGUUCAUCAUCCAUCAGGAUCUCGUUUUUGUUGGUUUGCAGUUGUCUUUAUGAACAUUAGAACUCAGAUGCAUGACUUGUAUGAAUUCCU